AUGACUCGCCUUGUGUUCUAUGUGAUCUACGUGUUCCAUGUGUUCCAUGUGUUCCAUGUGAUCUAUGUGUUCUACGUGUUCCAUGUGUUCUACGUGUUCCAUGUGUUCUACGUGUUCCAUGUGAUCUACGUGUUCCAUGUGUUCUACGUGUUCUAUGUGAUCUACGUGUUCUAUGUGUUCUACGUGUUCUAUGUGUUCUACGUGUUCCAUGUGUUCCAUGUGUUCUACGUGUUCUAUGUGAUCUACGUGUUCUAUGUGUUCUAUGUGAUCUACGUGUUCUAUGUGUUCUAUGUGUUCUAUGUGUUCUAUGUGAUCUACGUGUUCUAUGUGUUCUAUGUGAUCUAUGUGUUCUAUGUGUUCCAUGUGUUCCAUGUGAUCUACGUGUUCUAUGUGUUCUAUGUGAUCUACGUGUUCUAUUUGUUCUACGUGUUCUACGUGUUCUAUGUGAUCUACGUGUUCCAUGUGUUGUACGUGUUCUAUGUGUUCUAUGUGUUCUAUGUGAUCUACGUGUUCUACGCGUUCUAUGUGAUCUACGUGUUCUACGUGUUCUAUGUGUUCCAUGUGUUGUAUGUGAUCUACGUGUUCCAUGUGUUCUGCGUGUUCCAUGUGUUCCAUGUGUUCUAUAUGUUCUAUGGGUUCUAUGGGUUCUAUGUGUUCUACGUGUUCUACGUGUUCUAUGUGUUCCAUGUGUUCCAUGUGUUCUAUGUGUUCCAUGUGUUCCAUGUGUUCCAUGUGUUCUAUGUGUUCUAUGUGUUCCAUGUGUUCCAUGUGUUCUAUGUGUUCUAUGUGAUCUACGUGUUCUAUGUGUUCUAUGUGAUCUAUGUGUUCUAUGUGAUCUACGUGUUCCAUGUGUUCUAUGUGUUCCAUGUGUUCUACGUGUUCUAUGUGAUCUAUGUGUUCCAUGUGUUCCAUGUGAUCUAUGUGUUCUAUGUGUUCCAUGUGUUCCAUGUGAUCUACGUUGAUCUACGUGUUCUAUGUGUUCUAUGUGAUCUAUGUGUUCUAUGUGAUCUACGUGUUCCAUGUGUUCUAUGUGUUCCAUGUGUUCCAUGUGAUCUACGUGUUCCAUGUGUUCCAUGUGUUCUAUGUGUUCUAUGUGUUCCAUGUGAUCUAUGUGAUCUACUGUAUGUGUUCUAUGUGAUCUACGUGUUCUAUGUGUUCUACGUGUUCUAUGUGUUCUGUGGGUUCUAUGUGUUCUAUGUGAUCUACGUGUUCUACGUGUUCUACGUGUUCUAUGUGAUCUACGUGUUCCAUGUGUUCUACGUGUUCCAUGUGCUCCAUGUGUUCUAUGUGUUCUAUGUGAUCUACGUGUUCCAUGUGUUCUAUGUGUUCCAUGUGUUCUAUGUGUUCUAUGUGUUCUGUGGGUUCUGUGGGUUCUACGUGUUCUAUGUGUUCUGUGGGUUCUAUGUGUUCUAUGUGAUCUACGUGUUCUACGUGUUCUACGUGUUCUAUGUGAUCUACGUGUUCCAUGUGUUCCAUGUGUUCUAUGUGUUCUAUGUGAUCUACUGUAUGUGUUCUAUGUGA